CCUCCUUGCAUUCAACCCUUGGCCUUUCUGCUUUUUAACAGACUUCAAGUGAACGACCAGUUGAAUAUAGACUACUCCUCCUCAUUUAAAUCCCGGGUUUAUGUAUAUUUCUCUCACAAAGUGAGCAAGAGCAAAUCGUGAAAAUUUCGGGAGCAAAGCUACCAGUGUGCCUUGGGCAUCUGCAAACUUCCCUUUGCUGCGAUUGAACAGCCACAUGCAGUCCAGCCUUGCGCCAACGCACCUCAAGGAGGCCAAGGAGGCAGUGAGAACACCGAGCAGCCUUGCUCACCGAUGAGAAACAUUGCAACUCCCCACACAAAUAUGAAUCCUUUAGAUCCUUUCUCAGCGCUAUCCGUCGCUUCAUCCGUCGUGAAAUUCCUUGACUUUAGCUGUCAAGUCGUCUCAAAAGCGAGAGACCUAAACCACUCUGCCGAUGGAGUCUCUAUCGACCAUGCACAGUCUGAGGCCGCGGCAAAGCGUCUGGCUAACUUGGCGGAGGGAAUGAGAGCGUCGCUGCAACUGGGCAGCGCAACAAGUGCCGUUUCUGGCAAUGAGUUCGUUCUGGUUUUCCGUCAUGCGCUGCCGGAAGACAAGGCUAUCAAAGUCUUGUGCACUAGCUGCAUUGAGAUAUCAAAUCAACUGAUUGACAAAUUUGGCAAGCUUCGAGUUACGGCGGGGACUAAGCACAGGAGGUGGAAGAGUUUGCGACAGGCUUUGAAGAGUGUGUGGUCGAAGAAGGCGAUCGACGACAUUACGCGAAAGCUCAAUAGCUAUCGGAAGGAACUUGAAGGACAUGUGCUUCUCUCCCUGAGUACAAAGCUUCGAGACUUUCAGCUUGCUCAAGAUGAGCGCUUCUCUAGCCUCGACGAGAGGACGCAGCAGAGCACUCAAAUCUUGGCAUUAACUUCGCAAGAAGCCCAUUUCAAGCUGGACCAAGUCCUCCAGCGAACUUCUGCAGAGAACUUGCAGUUGAUGCAAAAUGAAAGCCAGAAGUUUGCCAUUGCAAGGGAGCUGGACCGGAGAGUUGAUUCCAUGAUACUUGAAAGUUUGAGAUUCUCAGCCAUGAAUUAUCGCCAAGAAGACAUCUGCAAGCCUUACCAGAACACGUACAAGUGGGUCUUGAAAGAUACCGACCACAUCUCCCAUAGCCCGUGGAGCAGUCUUGUUCAGUGGCUUCGGUCCGGCAAUGGAGUAUAUUGGAUGAAUGGCAAAGCUGGAUCUGGGAAAUCAACAUUGAUGAGAUAUGUGUAUGAAAACUUGGUGACACGUGCUCUGCUACGUUCCUGGGCACAAGGAGGUGAGCUUCAACUUGCUGCAUUCUUUUGUUGGUACAGCGGGUCGACAGAGCAGCGGUCAAAAUCAGGACUCCUCCGGUCUCUGCUUUACGAUGUGCUUCUGCAGCACCGCGAGUUGAUUCGGACGGUCUUUGCUGAUGAGUGGAUGGAGCAGAGGUCUCUCUGCUACUCUGGAAGCUUGAACGUGACCUUUACGUGGCAUGUGAAAAGGCUCCAAAGAGCAUUCGUUCAACUUGCGCAGUCAGCCGAUGGUCGUAUGAAGAUGUGCUUCUUCGUCGAUGGGCUUGAUGAAUGCGAUGCAGCGGACCAAGACAACUUAAACGAAGAACACUAUAGUAUCGCACAGCUCUUCAAGGACAUCAGCGUCUCGCCAAAUGUUAAGGUCUGCUUGUCGAGUCGACCAUGGUUGGUGUUUGAACAAAUCUUUAGCGGCUUUCCGGGGUUACACCUUCAGGACCUCACACGAGAUGACAUUCGGGUCUUCGUCUUCGACAAGUUCAAUUCGAGCCAGAAGAUGCAACAACUAGCAAGAAUUCAUCCUAAGUUGUACGAAGAGUUUGUCACAGAAAUAAUAACCAAGUCUGAUGGGGUGUUCCUAUGGGUCGAUUUGGUCGUUAUGUCGCUGCUCAGGGGACUUCAAAACCAAGAUGAACUGCCUCAACUCCAGGAAAGACUUAGAGGGCUCCCAACAACCUUGGAAAAGCUAUUUCAGCAUAUGUUGGACAGAGUAGACCCGAUAUACCUACCGGAAGCGUGUCGAAUACUUCUAAUAUAUGAAUCUGCAUCGAGGCACGCCCCACGUGUAACGCCUUUGGAUCUGGACCUUGCCACUACAGUAACUCAUCAAGAAGUUUUAUCAAGAUAUGAAAAGCCAAUGGAAGUACCAGAAAUAGCUUUCAGAGUCCAUCGGCUCUCAACGAAGCUCAAAACACAUUGUCUCGGGUUGCUCGAAGUUCAUGAUAAUUCGGGUACUCUACCAGAACGACACGCAAUCAGCUGA